CUUCAAGAGACUCUCUCCGCCGUUCUGCCCGCCGGCUUCAACUGCACCAUCCGAUACGUCCAAUCUCCGGCCAAACCAUGCGAUCCGCUCUUCUCCGCUCCACCGGGACAACCCGCAGAAAGGACACGUCUAGCCAGCCACUUCCUCACUCUCAGCGUCGAACCGGCCUCACUUGGACAUGAGACGACUCAAGACUCGUCCGCCGGCGGCAACGAUGUCAUCAGCUUUGCCAUUGAAGUACUGCUCUACACCACCCGACGCCUGACCACCCUCUUCGUCAGCAAAGUCGACUCCACUUCUUACAUCCCUCGGCAAAGGCCGUCUCCCAUUCAAACAACAGUCACAACCUUCCUCCGCUGGCUAGCCGAUAACGAACGAAGACAACGCCCAACACGCAAAAUCGUCAUCUCCCUCUUCGCUCGCGCCCAAGCACAAUACCUCUUCCCCGGCUCCUCAGACAACAAAUCAAAACACGUCCUCGACGACCGUCAAUUAAUUAAAUGGUGGGCCCGCGUACUCGAUCCCAUCAUCCCAUCGCUACCUCCCACAUCCACCGACCCUUCCUACCAAGGCUACAUCACCGUUCCCGGCUAUGCAACCUCCGAACUCAAACGCUCCUUCAUGCCCGCCUCCUCCAUAAAAGAUCCCCCAAACUGGCUCCCCGGCCACCCUCUCACCUCCCUCGCCGCAACCCGCCACAUCCCUUCCGAUGCUCCACCCCGAUGUCUCCUCCCUCGCUUUCCGGACGAUCCCAAAGCCCGCUUCAUACAGGAUCUUGACGACGAGAUCGGAAUCUCCCAGGACUCGCAACCGACUUCAUCUUCUUCCAACCUGAGCAGUCCUUCUAAGAAAGGGGCUAGCAAUAAAAGUGGUGGGAAAUGGAAGUCCAUCCUCGACAUCGAGAGGUUCUGGGAAGCGAUGGAGUUCAGGCAGGAAUGUUCGUCCGGCAGGGUCGUUGGGUUUUUAUGGCUGGUGAUAUCACCGUCCUCUACUGCCACCAAGGAUAUCAUCGAGACACAAAGCCAAGACUCCGAGGUCCUCCCUUCAUCACCAACCCCUACACCCUCCUCCCCCCUACCUAGCAAUCUUCCCUCCCAGCCGGACCACCACUCCAACCGCCGCCGCAUCCCCCUCUCCGGCCCCAUCAUCCCCCGCCAACCCCGCCUCAAAUCUGGCUCAUCCUCGACCCUUUCCACCAUGACAUCCAACCCUCCCUCUCAUCCCGGAGGCGCCAUCCUCCUCUCCGAAGAAGUCUACGACAAAGCCAUGCAAACUCUCCUCGCGUCGGACUUUUCCACUCUAAGUCAUGCGGUGAGGAGUACGGAGAGGUGGAUAGGCGAAAUCAGAAGUGGGAUUGAAGGGUCGGCGGAUGUUGGGUUGAAGGUGGUCGGGACGAAGGAGGUCGCUGCACAGGCUGUGGGGAAGGAGACGGUGGAUGGGGUUAAUGAUCUUGGAGGUAUGAGUAUGAUUGUGAGGAGGAAGAGGAAGGGUGAUGGUGGAGAGGGUGGUGUGGAGACGAAGCUCGUAGAAGCGCCGCAGGAACCCAGCGAUAAGGUCAAUAUUCUCGCUGCAAGUAUGGUGAGGAAGAAA